AUGUGUUUUAGUUUGUGUGUGUUUCUAAGGUGCCAGCCUGCAUUCGAAGACGCGACCUUCGGAAGAACUUUCAGGGCAUCCAGUCAAUGCGGCCAGGCUCCGUCUAUGAACUGUGUGGAUUGUGAAUGCGACGCUGCGAACAAAAAACUUUGUUUCAUAUGUGACAAAAAUCAAAUUAACAGAACGCACCCUGUGACGUAUUUAAAUGACGUGGAAAGUUCUUCCGGGCCAACGUGUUGGGUCUCGAAACUUCGAGAUCGAAAGGUCAACCUCACCCUCAGUUUAGAUAAGAGGUACGAGUUCACUUACGUCACUGUGGAAUUUUGUAGAGGUAGUCAGAUUCCAGAUCCGCUGAUCGUUUGGAAGAGUUUUGAUUUCGGAAGAACGUGGGAUGUGUUGAAAUAUUUUUCAAAAGAUUGCUCUGCAUUUCAAUCUGGAGGUUUGUUUGAAAAGUUCAUCAGCCAAUCUGACAAGAAAUCCAUCGGCAAACCUGAAAAAUGGAACAGAAAACAAAGCUCAGACAACUUUAACACGAAUCGGCAAAAAACUCUUCAAGAGAAAAACGCUCGAAAGGUUGGCACACACACGUGCACAAACACUCACACACACGCGCGCACGCAUAUACACGCACACAAACAAACAAAACUAUGCCAGUCUGACCUGGGGAAACUGAACGAAACCCACUUCUUCGCGAUUUCAAACGUGGUUCUUGGGGCUCGGUGCAAGUGUAACGGCCACGCUUCGGAAUGCGCCCCUAAAGAGGAAAUCCUUAAUCAAGAAGGGGGUGGUCUAGUUAGAGAUCACCAAACUUUUAGCGAAAAUUCUAAGAAGAGAUUAAGAUGUAAAUGCCGGCACAACACGAGGGGUCCAGACUGCAAUGAAUGUAAAUCCCUUUACAACGAUCGGCCAUGGGCUAGGGGUACAACUAAAAACCCCAACGAAUGCCUAGCUUGCAAUUGCAACCAACACACGAACCAUUGUCGUUUUAAUGCAAAAUUGUUCAAGUUGUCAAAAAAUCAGUCUGGAGGUGUGUGUGUAAGAUGCAGGCAUAACACUAUUGGAAGAUAUUGCCAUAUCUGCUCCGACGGAUACUACAGAAAUCCAGACGAACCACUCGACAGUGCCAGAGCUUGCAUACCUUGCAACUGCAAUCCGAUUGGCUCGCACAGUCACGUGUGCAACCGGACAAGCGGACAGUGCGAAUGUAAAAAAGGAGUCGAAGGACAGACAUGCAACACGUGUGCCAGUGGCUUCCAGCAAGGAAGUUCUCCAUCCAGACCAUGCGUUGGUUAG